GUGACUCCCACACAGGUCAUGCUGUUGUCUCCUGACCCAGCCGGCCCUGCCAGGUGACCAUGCCUGCCUUUGGCCCAGCUCUUCUUCUGGUGCUCUGGGCUGGGUGGGUCCUCACCCUCCAGCCCCCACCCCCAGUUGCCUUCAACCCCAACGGCACGCAUCUUCAGCACUUGGCACGGGACCCCACCUCAGGCACUCUCUACCUCGGAGCCACCAACUUCCUGUUCCAGCUGAGCCCGGGGCUGGAGCUGGAGGCCACAGUAUCCACCGGCCCAGUGUUGGACAGCAGGGAUUGCCUGCCCCCUGUGAUGCCUGAUGAGUGCCCGCAGGCCCAGCCUACCAACAACCCGAACCAGCUGUUGCUUGUGAGCCCGGGAGCCCUGGUGGUAUGCGGGAGCGUGCACCAGGGGGUCUGUGAACAACGGCGCCUUGGGCAGCUUGACCAGCUGCUACUUCGGCUGGAGCGGCCUGGGGAUACCCAGUAUGUAGCUGCCAAUGACCCUGGGGUCAGCACGGUGGGAUUGGUGGCCCAGGGCCUGUCUGGGGAUCCCCUCCUGUUUGUGGGAAGGGGAUACACCAGCAGGGGCGUCGGGGGUGGUAUCCCACCCAUCACAACCCGGGCCCUGCGGCCCCUGGACCCCCAGGCUGCCUUCUCCUAUGAAGAGACAGCCAAGCUGGCAGUGGGCCGACUGUCUGAGUACAGCCACCAUUUCAUCAGCGCCUUUGCACGUGGGACCAGUGCCUACUUCUUGUUCUUGCGGCGGGACCUGCAGGCUCAGUCUCGAGCCUUCCGUCCUUACGUGUCCCGUGUGUGCCUUCGAGACCAGCACUACUACUCCUAUGUGGAGCUGCCCCUGGCCUGCCAGGGUGGUCGUUACGGGCUGCUCCAAGCUGCGGCCGUGGCCAUGUCUGGGGAGGUGGCCCAUGGGGAGGUGCUUUUUGCAGCCUUCUCCUCUGCGGGUCUACCUGCUAUGGGCCGGCCUCCGUCAGCAGCUGCCGGGGCAUCUGGCGCCUCAGCCCUCUGUGCCUUUCCACUGGACGAGGUGGACCGGCUGGCCAACCGCACACGAGACGCCUGCUAUACCCGAGAGGGCCGUGCAGAGGAUGGUGCUGAGGUAGCCUACAUCGAGUAUGAUGUCAAUUCCGACUGCGCACAGCUGCCCGUGGACACCCUGGAUGCUUAUCCCUGUGGCUCAGACCACACGCCCAGCCCCAUGGCCAGCCGUGUUCCUUUGGAAGCCACGCCAGUGCUGGAGUGGUCAGGAGUCCAGCUCACAUCUGUGGCGGUCGCUAUAGAGGAUGGGCACACCAUUGCUUUCCUGGGAGACAGUCAAGGGCAGCUGCACAGGGUUUACUUGGGCCCGGGCAGCGAUGGCCACCCAUAUUCCACGCAGAGCAUCCAGCAGGGGUCUCCGGUGAACAGGGACCUCACCUUUGAUGGGGCCUUUGAGCACCUGUAUGUCAUGACCCAGAGCACACUUCUCAAAGUUCCUGUGGCCUCCUGUGCCCAGCACCUGGACUGUGCCUCCUGCCUUGCUCAGAGGGACCCAUACUGUGGGUGGUGUGUACUCCUUGGCAGGUGCAGCCGCCGUGCUGAGUGCUCGAGAGGCCAGGGCCCAGAGCAGUGGCUGUGGAGCUUCCAGCCUGAGCUGAGCUGUCUGCAAGUGAUCUCCAUGAGUCCUGCCAACAUGAGCCGAGAGGAGAAGAGGGAGAUUUUCCUGUCGGUGCCAGACCUCCCGCCCCUGCAGCCGGGGGAGUUGUAUUCCUGCCACUUUGGAGAGCACCAGAGUCCAGCCCUGCUGACUGGUUCUGGGGUGAUGUGCCCCUCUCCGGACCCCACCGAGGCCCCAGCACUGCCCAGAGGAGCCGACCACGUCUCUGUGAACGUGGAGCUCAGGUUUGGCCCCGUUGUGAUCGCCAAAGCGUCCCUGUCCUUCUAUGACUGUGCAGCAGUCAUGGAGCUCUGGCCGACUGCACAGUGCCAGGCCUGUGUGAGCAGCCGCUGGGGGUGCAAUUGGUGCGUCUGGCAGCACCUGUGCACACAUAAGGCCUCGUGUGAUGCCGGGCCCAUGGUGGUGAGCCAGCAGAGCCCGCUUCUCUUUCCAGCCCCUCCAGCAGGAGAUGUGCCCAACCCCCUCCCUCCUGCAGCCCCCAAAGCCACUGUCACCCCAGCUUCCACUACCCUUUCUGCAGAACCUCGGGUUUCCUCCCCAACUCCAACCUCAGACACCCCACUCCAGGCCAGCCCCUCCCUGCUCAGCUCCCGGGAACCAGAGAUAGGCCUUGGCCCCAUACCUGUCCCCAACUCCACAGAGUCCCCUCUCCGUGAGAAGCCCUCCCAUCUAGGCCCCCCUGACAGGCCUGUGACCACUAUCUCUAGCCCCACUGUUGCUGGACCCACGGCCACCCCUGAGGAGCUUCCGGCCGCCAGCCCAUCACUCUCAGAUGCUGCAGUCCUGCCCCCUGUCCCUGCAGACCCUGGCCCUGAGACCUUCCCCUCUGCGAUACCCCUGGACCAGCCCCCUGGCACUGCUCCUGCCACCACUUUCCCAGGGGCCACGGGCUCCACGAGGCCCGCUCUGGACUGGCUAAUGAGAGAAGGCGGCGAGCUGCCCGAGGCGGACGAGUGGACGGGGGGUGACGCACCCGCCUUCUCCACUUCCACCCUCCUCUCAGGUGAUGGAGACUCGGCUGAGCACGAGGGCCCUCCCGCCCCCCUCAUCCGCCUGUCCAGCCUUGACUACCAGUACGACACCCCCGGGCUCUGGGAGCUGGAGGAGGCGGGGUGGGGGCCGAGUGCCUGCCCCUGUGUAGAGAGCGUCCAGUCCUCCAUGCUGAUGCCAGUCCUUGUGCAGCGCCAGGUCCACCUGGUCGGUAGGAACCUGCGCCUGUUCCAGGACAACCCUGGAGACACUGAGUGUGUGAUGGAGCUGGAGGGCCGAGAGGUGGUGGUUUCAGCCCGAGUGGAGUGUGAGCCACCUCCAGACACACGGUGCUACAUCACAUGCCAGCCACACCAGCUAAGCUAUGAAGCUCUGCAGCCGGAGCUCCGUGUCACACUGUUUCUGCGUCGGGCCGGCCGCCUACGCGUGGACAGCGCCGACGGGCUGCACAUGGUGCUGUAUGAUUGCUCCGUGGGACAUGGCGACUGCAGCCGCUGCCACACCGCCAUGCCCCAGUACGGCUGUGUGUGGUGUGAGGGGGAGCAGCCACGUUGUGUGGCCCGGGAGGCCUGUGGCGAGGCCAAGGCCGUGGCUACCCAGUGCCCUGCACCUCUCAUCCACUCGGUGGAGCCACUGACUGGGCCUGUAGACGGAGGCACGCGUGUCACCAUCAGGGGCUCCAACCUGGGCCAGCAUGUGCAGGACGUGCAAGACACCGUCAAGGUGGCUGGAGUGCCCUGUGCUGUGGACACCGAGGAGUAUGAGGUCUCCAGCAGCCUCGUGUGCGUCACCGGCAUCAGCGGGAAAGAGGUGGCAGGCCCUGCGAUGGUGGAGGUGCCAGGAAGAGGGCAUGGCGUCUCCGAGCGGGACUUCAUUUACCAGGAUCCAGAGGUGCACUCCAUCUUCCCAGCCCGAGGUCCCAGAGCGGGGGGCACUCAUCUCACCCUGCAGGGCACCAAGCUUCUGACUGGGCGCCUGGAGGACAUUCGAGUCAUGGUUGGGGACCAGCCAUGUCACCUAUUGCCCGAGAAGCAGGCAGAGCAGCUGUACUGCGAGACCAGCCCGUACCCUGCGUCUGCCCUGCUCUCCGUGUCUGUGUGGUUCGGGACCACUGAGCGGAGGCUCCGGCACAGCCAGUUUCAGUACACGUCAGACCCAAAUGUCACCUCUGCAGGCCCCUCCAAGAGCUUCCUUAGUGGCGGACGUGAGAUAUGGGUCCGUGGUCAGAAUCUGGAUGUGGUACAGACGCCAAGGAUUCGAGUGACCGUAGCCCCCAAAGCUCCGCUCCCUGGCCAGGGGCUUGGUCGGAGACGCCGUGUGAUCCCAGAGACAGCGUGCUCCCCUGGAGCCUCCUGUGAUGGUCAACAUUUUGAGGAACCAUGCCACGUGAACUCCUCCCAGCUCAUCACGUGCCAUACACCUGCCCUCCCAAGCCUGCCCGAGAGUCCCUGGGUCCAGGUGGAAUUUAUCUUUGACAACCUCGUCUUCGACUUUGCAACACUGAACCCCACACCCUUCUCCUACGAGGCCGACCCCACACUGUAUCCCCUGAACCCGGAGGACCCUACUACACCGUUCCGGCACAAACCUGGGAGCGUGUUCUCAGUGGAGGGAGAGAACCUGGACUUUGCAAUGUCCAAGGAGGAGGUGGUGGCCAUGAUUGGGGACGGCCCCUGUAUUGUGAAGACGCUGACCCGGCACCAUCUGUACUGCGAACCUCCCGCGGAGCAGCCUCUGCCUCGGCACCAUGCAUCUCGGGAGGCCCCUGACACUUUGCCUGAGUUCACGGUGCAGAUGGGGAACCUGCGUUUCUCCCUGGGGCGUGUGCAGUAUGAUGGCGAGAGCCCCGCGGCCUUCCCCAUGGCAGCCCAAGUGGGCCUGGGGGUGGGCACCUCCGUUCUGGCACUGGGUGUCCUCAUCAUUGUCCUCAUGUACAGGAGGAAGAGCAAGCAGGCCCUGAGGGACUAUAAGAAGGUCCAGAUCCAGCUGGAGAACCUGGAGAGCAGUGUGCGGGACCGCUGCAAGAAGGAGUUCACCGACCUCAUGACUGAGAUGACCGACCUCACCAGCGACCUCCUGGGCAGUGGCAUUCCCUUCCUCGACUACAAGGUGUACGCUGAGAGGGUCUUCUUUCCCGGGCACCGGGAAUCACCCCUGCACCGGGACCUGGGUGUGCCUGAGAGCCGGCGGCCCACAGUGGAGCAAGGCCUGGGACAGCUCUCCAACCUCCUCAACAGCAAGCUCUUCCUCACCAAGUUCAUUCAUACACUAGAGAGUCAGCGCACCUUCUCGGCCCGGGACCGGGCCUACGUGGCGUCCCUGCUCACGGUGGCACUGCACGGGAAGCUCGAGUACUUCACCGACAUUCUUCGCACGCUGCUUAGUGACCUGGUGGCCCAGUACGUGGCCAAGAACCCCAAGCUGAUGCUUCGCAGGACAGAGACUGUGGUAGAAAAGCUGCUCACCAACUGGAUGUCCAUCUGUCUCUACACCUUCGUGAGGGACUCUGUAGGGGAGCCUCUGUACAUGCUGUUCCGAGGAAUUAAGCACCAAGUGGACAAAGGACCAGUGGAUAGUGUGACUGGCAAAGCCAAAUACACCCUGAAUGACAACCGCCUGCUCAGAGAGGACGUGGAGUACCGUCCCCUGACCUUGAACGCGCUGUUGGCUGUGGGGCCAGGGGCAGGAGAGGCCCAGGGCAUGCCUGUGAAGGUCCUGGACUGUGACACCAUCUCCCAGGCCAAGGAGAAGAUGCUGGAACAACUUUAUAAAGGAGUACCUCUUGCCCAGCGGCCAGACCCCCGCACCCUAGAUGUUGAGUGGCGAUCUGGUGUGGCGGGCCACCUUAUUCUCUCUGAUGAGGAUGUCACUUCAGAGGUCCAGGGACUGUGGAGACGUCUGAACACCCUGCAGCACUACAAGGUCCCAGAUGGAGCAACGGUGGCCCUCGUCCCUUGCCUCACCAAGCACGUUCUCCGGGAAAACCAGGAUUAUGUCCCCGGAGAGAGAACCCCGAUGCUGGAGGAUGUGGAUGAGGGGGGCAUCCGGCCCUGGCACCUGGUAAAGCCGAGUGAGGAGCCAGAGCCGCCCAGGCCUCGGAGGGGCAGCCUUCGGAGCGGGGAGCGUGAGCGAGCUAAGGCCAUCCCCGAGAUCUACCUGACCCGCCUGCUGUCCAUGAAGGGUACCCUGCAGAAGUUUGUGGACGACCUGUUCCAGGUGAUCCUCAGCACCAGCCGCCCGGUGCCGCUGGCCGUCAAGUAUUUCUUUGACCUGCUGGAUGAGCAGGCCCUACAGCAUGGCAUCUCCGACCAGGACACCGUCCAUAUCUGGAAGACCAACAGCCUGCCACUGAGGUUCUGGAUCAACAUCAUAAAGAACCCGCAGUUCGUGUUUGACGUGCAGACGUCGGACAACAUGGACGCAGUGCUCCUUGUCAUUGCGCAGACCUUCAUGGACGCCUGCACCCUGGCCGACCACAAGCUGGGCAGGGACUCCCCCAUCAACAAACUGCUAUACGCUCGGGACAUUCCGCGCUACAAACAGAUGGUGGAAAGGUACUAUGCAGACAUCAGACAGGCCAUCCCCGCCAGCGACCAAGAGAUGAACUCCAUUCUGGCCGAGCUGUCCCGGAAUUUCUCUGGAGACCUGGGAGCACGUGUGGCACUACACGAACUCUACAAGUAUAUCAACAAAUACUACGACCAGAUCAUCACUGCCCUGGAGGAGGAUGGUACAGCUCAGAAGAUGCAGCUGGGCUACCGGCUCCAGCAGAUUGCAGCUGCUGUGGAAAACAAGGUCACGGAUCUGUAGGGGUGGCCUGCUGUUAUCUCCGUUCCGCCUGGGCAGGCCUGGAACUGUGAGGGAGACCCCACCUUCUUAGAUGUCGUAGUGACUGACAAGCAGGGUUAGUGGAAGGUGGACUCCCAGCCUCCCGAGCCCUCCAGCCUGCCCCUGUGGUCCCCUCUUGGCAGGGUUGGGGCCCUGAGGCUCAUGGCGCGAUGCCUCGCCCGCUCCCUGAGCCCAGUAACUCUGU